AUGGGGAUGGAUCUCAGAGGAGUGCCGAUGAUGUUGUUAGAUCGCGAGAGCACGUUGUUGGCGAGGAAGCGAUCGCUGGAUAACGUGAUCGCGGCCGAUGCUGGGAGGGAGAAGGAUAUGUGGCAGGUGCGAACGGAUGAACGCAUGAAUGGAUUGGGAAAGCAACCGACGCUUGCUCCUCCGACGUCGUUGACGUGCCUGAAGUCGGGAUCGUGUUUGCCGAUCGGUGGGUACAGCGUGGUCGCCACCGCGCCGCCGAUGUGGGGGCGCACCGACGGGCCGCACGCGGGCAAGAGCGUGAUUUUAGUCAUCGCGCGAUUGGACGCGAACGGGUUGUUUAGAGACGCGACGCCCGCGGUGAACGCGCGGAUGACUGGCCUCGUCGCGUUAAUGGCGGCCGCCAAGUCGACGCAAAAGAUGUUCAAGGAGAUGGACGCGGAAGACGUCGCCCAUCCCGUGGCGUUUCUGGCGCUCAGUGGUGAAGAUUUCGGUAAGCUCGGCUCUGAGCGAAUCGCGCGCGAGAUGCUCGCCUCCACCGAAACGUCGCAGCUUCCCGGUUUGGCUGGGAAGAAAAUUCGCGCCAUCAUAGAACUUGGUCCGCUCGGUUUCUCUGAAUCCUUCGUGGGCGAACGCGUGCCGACGAUUUACGUCCACGGCGCGCACGAGGGGAAAAUGUUGGAGCGGAUUGAGAAAAUCGCGAACACGUUUGAGUUUGAAGAGACGGCGGCGUUGGGUGUACCCCGGAUUCUUGAGACCGCGGCGCCGACAUUCGAAGCGCUCCUCGCGAAUGAGUACGAAACGGCGUAUUUAUCCGAGGAUCCCGACGCUCCAAUCGACGAGCUCAGUGGAACGACGUUGGACGCCGGUAGUUUUCGCGCCAUCGACGCCGAGCGCAUGGAAACUGUCGUGCACGUCAUCGCGCGUCUCGUGCGCGCCCUCGCGACGAACGACAAAGUCGACGCCCCGCGCUUGGAUGUCGAGGGAGGUAAGCUCGCGGUGAAAGAGCUCGCAAAGUGUCUCACGAAUGAAAACUACGGUUUGGAGAGAUGCGAACUCGGCAAGAAGUUUUUGUACGGCGAAGAAGCGAGCGCGCCCGGACUCGGGGAAUCUUUCGUCGACCCAGUCGCCUUGCCGUCUCGUUACCCCGAUGCACUGCAAGGACUCUCUCGCGAUAUGCAGUCGCACGAAGACAAGAACGCCCUGGCAAGAUUCGUGUGGAAUUAUCUCGCCGACGCCACGUCGAACACGGUUUCGCCCAAGAUGUGCGAAGGAGACGGUUCUUGCGCCGAAAACACCGUAUGCGUCGGCCGCACGCCGAUGAGCGUCGGUGAGUGUCAUGCUGCGACGUCGAAGUAUAUGUUAGCGCUUUCGACGCGAUUAGCUUUUGAUCGUUCGACGGGUCUUUGGAUCGUGAACGAGCCCAAAGACCCGUUCGAGCGCGCGGCGCCGCUGUGGACGGAGAGCGACUGGUCGCCGGCGAUCGGUGCCACGCUCGUCGCCCCGGUGAAGUACAACUUCUUCACGAGCGUGGAUGCUUUUCUUCUGUACGGUGUCAUCUGCCUGAUGCUCGUCGUGGCUGCGCAGUUUUGCUUCGAUCGCGACAAGAAACGCGGCGGCGCUCGCGAGCGCGAAGCGCUUUUGCGAGGCGCUCAACCGUGACGCGCGGCGCGAACAGAAAACGCGUGUAAUAUUAGUAGUUGACAAUUAAAACGACCACUGAAACGAA